AUGUCCGCUAUCAACAGUGCGGGAGAUGCUUUCGAGGCUUACACGAAGGGCGAGUUCGAAACCUGCGGACAGUACUUGGAACAGAUCCACAAUUUGAAGACGGCUGCAGACGUGAAGGUGACGCACAACAUCCUCAUUAACGACUACUUCAAAGCCGGUUGUGCAGAUCCCCACAAUCUGCUCACUCUUCUGACCCAGGCAUACGAUCGGGCAAGGGAAAAGGAGAAGAAGGACAAGGGCAAGCGGAAGAAAGAGGAGGAUGAUGAGGAUGGCAUCCGUGAAGAUGACGAUCUCUACGUGCUCCGGUACAACCAAGCGCUGUUGUGUGUUCAGCUGCGACACUAUGCGCAGGCACGACACAUCCUGGAGGAGCUCUUCGAGAACAUCGAGCCCAUCGAUGAUUUUCUGGCCAUUAAGAUAUGCUUCCUUCUGCUCGAAGUGGUUCUGUUACAGAAGGAGCCCGAGCAAGCCCUUCAGAUCCUAAACUUCCUGGAGAAGCCAAACGCUUUCCACAGCCUCCUGAAGCCGGAGCGUAAGCCUCUUGAAGCUCCGCGUCCCAUCGAAGAUGAGGAGGAGGUCGAGGGUGAACAAAUCAGGGAAGAGGAGGAGCCUGCCGAAGCUGUGGCUGCAGCCGCAGACACCCAGCAGCCAGAGAAGCCGGAAGGGCCGCUACCGAGCUUGGUCUUUGGUGCCUGUCUUCAACGGCAUGGCCGUGCACCGGAUGCGAUCUCGCCCAUUGAGUUCAGAUUCACUUGCCUGACCUACAAGAUCCGUGUUCACAUCUUGUGCAGAAGCAUGAAGUCAGCCAAGAAGGAAUGCAAAAAUGCGAUGGAAAUCCUGGAGCACGAGCUUCAACACGUCCCACUUUUUUGGAAGGAAUCGCAGAGCCAUGAAGCGAGAGGUCUUCUGCACAACCACGAAAAGGCAAAGGUGACCUGCCUGAAGGCAUACCUCGAGUAUGCCAAGCAGAACCACAGAAAGGCAUUUCGCCUCCUCACGCUCUGCCGCUUCAACUUCGCACCUGCGAAACCUGGAGACAAGUCAGUGAACAAGCCAGGAGACGACGAGGUGGAGGACAACCAAGCGCCGACAGAUUUCCAUCCCGCUCAAGAUGAUGCUUGCUCUCCGCUGUUCUACAACAACAUGGGCUGUAUACACUUCAUGAUGCACAAGCCCAAUUUGGCCAUCUACUACUUCAACAAGGCGCUGUCGAAGUCGGCCCAGGCGCCUACGGGGGCCCGCGGACCUGCGGAAAAGGAGAGCCUGCUGCUGUCGGCAAAAGUCGGACUUACUCAGCCCGGCAUGGCGACCUCCAGGCACUGGCUGGACCGACGGGCGGAAAUCACCUUCAACGCCGGGCUCCAGUUCCUGAUGACUGGCCGGCCAGCGCAAGCCUACAAGUGCUUCAUCCAGUGCACUUUCGUCUUCAGGAACUGGCCGCGACUGUGGAUGCGCCUCGCGGAGUGUUGCAUCGAGCUGUACAGGCAGUCCCACAAAGCUGAACCAGAAGGCGGGUCGAAACCUGGUGGAAUGCAAUCCUGGAACCGGGUGAAGCAGCCGAGCCCAAAUGGCCCCCUCGCCAUGGGUGGCUCCAUUUGCACGUCCCUAGGAGGGCCAACUGCCCUUGGGUCUGGGAUGUCGCAGCUCGCCUGUGCUGCUCAAGGAUGCGGUCCCACCCGCCGACUUUCCUUGCUCGUUGACAAGACCAACGUCGUGGGAAAGCUUGGAAGUGGCGAGGAUGUCGAGCAACGCACAGGGCCGGCCGGUGCUGCACCUGUGCCGCAGGCGACGAAAGCCCCAGCCGCGGAGGGAGAUGUGCUGAAUGGUGAGGAUCCCUUGGUGACAGCGGCAAUGUGCCUCAAAAACGUCCUGACUCUGAUCGAUCCUAUGCUUCAGAGCGCGGCCCAGGCGGCCGAGACUGCAGAAGCCAAUGCUGCAGCGGCCGGCAAGGCUACUCCCUCACAGAAGGCAUCCGGCUCGGGAGCGCCGACGCCUUCCAAGAGCGCCACCGCUCGGGAUCUGGCCGAGGCCGAAGCGCUGCUCAUGGAGGACGCUGCGCUGUUGAAGUUGGCCUACGUCUGCCUCUGCCAGCGAGAUCACACGCCUGCUUUGCGCUAUGCCAAGCGCAUACUGGACAAGAACCACUUGCUGCCGGCACCAUCUCCUGAGGCACGAACUCCCGACGAGAAGCAGGAGCAGCUGAAGAAAAACUGGACCAUCCAGGCGCAAAAUUUGCCGCAUCCCAAGGAUGCGAAAGUUGUGACCAGAUUCUCGUCUUCCUUGGGCACAAUCGCCUCCGCGGUGUCCUACACAGCAGAGGCUUUGUCGCAGUCUGGAAAGGUGCUGGAGGCAAAGACUCUCGUGACGAGCUUCGGUGAAAAGACCUUCUGUAAAGCAGUUCAGCAGCAGGUGAACUUCAUUUCCGAGCAAGAGCGAAAUCAUAAUGCGCCGAGCUCGACCAUGCUGUCCACCACUGUCAUGUACGAACAGCGUGCAGAAAAAAAGGAAGAAGGUCUCUAUGAAGGCUGCCACAAUUCACUUCUGAGUAAUCAGCAGCCGACGACAAACCUUGGGGGCAUCACGCCGCCCAGCUUCUCCAUCAACUGUGCAUCUGCCGCCCACCAGGGCAAAGAGCGAGACGCGAAGGAUGCGAAGGGCGAGAACGAUCGUGAGAAGACGAAGGACGGCUCGUAUGCCUUGCUUGUUGGAUACGAGUCCACGAUGUUCCCAACCUUGGGUGACAUGCAGUCGAUGCUGUUCACCAACAUGGCGGUGGCCAUGUCCCAAGACGGUCUGCUGGAGGAGGCACGAAAGUUCUGCGACAAGGCGCUUCAGAUACAGCCAAGAGCGCUGCUUCCGCUGAGGACGCUUGCCUUCCUACUCCUGAAGCAAGGGAACGGAGGCGAAGCAAUCAGGCGCCUGAAAGGAGAAAAGAAGACCGUCGGACAAUGA